AUGGCCACACUGUACCCAUCUCUGGAGGACCUGAAGGUGGACCAAGCCAUGCAGGCCCAGGCCAGAGCCGUAGCCAGGAUGCCCGCCCUGCCAGCACGGGGAAAAGGGGACUCCCAGCCUCCAGUUUUGUACCCUAACCUGGCAGAAUUGGAAAACUAUAUGGGUCUUUCCCUCUCCAGCCAAGAAGUCCAGCAGAGCCUGCCUCAGACUCCAGAAGGUGCCAGUGCAGCGGUCUCGGGCCCCUCGCCGGGCCAGGCGGUGGCGCCGGUGUCCGGGAACAGCCUAGGCGCGCUGCGUGCGGAGAUCAAGCCUGGGGUGCGAGAGAUCCACCUAUGCAAGGACGAGCGUGGCAAGACGGGGCUGCGGCUGCAGGCCAUCGACAAGGGGCUCUUCGUGCAGCUGGUCCAGGCCAACACCCCUGCGUCCUUGGUGGGGCUGCGCUUUGGGGACCAGAUUCUGCAGAUUGAUGGACGUGACUGUGCUGGGUGGAGCACGGACAAAGCUCACCAGGUGGUGAAGAAGGCAUCGGCCGAGAAGAUCAUCAUAGUUGUUCGGGACAGGCCGUUCCAGCGGACCAUCACCAUGCACAAGGACAGCACAGGACAUGUCGGCUUCGUCAUCAAGAAAGGGAAGAUCAUCUCUUUGGUCAAAGGGAGUUCUGCAGCCCGUAAUGGGCUCCUCACCAACCACUAUGUGUGCGAGGUGAAUGGGCAAAACGUCAUAGGGCUGAAGGACAAAGAAGUCACAGAGAUUCUGGCCACCGCCGGGAACGUCAUCACCCUGACCAUCAUCCCCACUGUCAUCUACGAGCACAUGGUCAAAAAGUUGUCCCCGACCCUGCUCCACCACACCAUGGACCACUCCAUCCCUGACGUCUGA